AUGGAACAAAGAGGAGGAUGCAAAGCCUGGAGGGAACGACGGUGUUGGUUUGCCUUCAUGGUUGUGUUGGAUGUUUUAUGGAGCGGAGCUUUUGCACAGAUCAGAUAUUCAAUAUCCGAGGAGGUUGAAGAUGGAACCGUCGUUGGGAAUAUAGCUAAGGAUUUGGGUCUAGAUAAGAGUGCACUCAAAGACAGAGGAUAUCGCAUUGUAACAGGCUCAACUGAACCCCUUUUUCAUGUGAAUCAAAACGAUGGUAUCCUGUACGUGAAAAGAAGAAUAGACAGGGAGGAGGUGUGCGAACGGACCAGCCCAUGUUUGAUCCAACUGAAAACCGUACUAGAAAAUCCUUUGGAGAUUCACUAUGUGACAGUGGAAAUACUUGAUAUGAAUGAUCACUCGCCAGUUUUUCCUGAGAAAGAGAAAAGGCUUGAAAUUUCCGAGUCGGCUCUAGCAGGAGCGAGAUUUCAGCUACAAGCUGCGCGCGACUCUGAUGUAGGCCAGUUCUCAAUUCAGCAAUAUAAACUCAGCCAUAAUGACUAUUUUAGAGUGGAAGUCAAGGAUAGAGGUGAAGAUCGUAAAGUGCCAUUUUUAGUUCUGCAGAAGCAGCUGGAUAGAGAAACGACUGGGAAACAUAAGCUACGUCUCACAGCCGUUGAUGGAGGAAAACCGGCGAAGUCUGGCAAUAUAGAAAUAAUUGUGGAUAUACUUGAUGUUAAUGACAACUCGCCCGUGUUCAAUAAAGAACAGUAUUCUGCCACACUAAAAGAAAACGUUCCCGUUGGCACUGUGGUGAUUCAGGUAAAUGCAACUGAUUUGGACCAGGGUGCAAAUGGCGAAAUAAUUUAUUCAUUUGGAAACGAAGUUGAUUCAAAAUUAAUGGAUCUCUUUAGUAUAGACCAAAACACUGGUGAAAUCCAAGUAACGGGUCCGAUAGAUUUCGAGAAAAGUAGGAUUUAUGAAAUUGACAUUCAGGCCUCCGAUAAAGGAGCAGCUCCUCUAACAACUGACAAAAGUGUUCUGAUAACUGUUAUUGAUGUUAAUGAUAAUGCUCCUGAGAUAGAAGUGACGUCAUUUUCUAGCUCUAUCAAGGAAGAUUCAAAAAUAGGCACUACAGUGGCCCUCAUUAGCGUCAGUGAUUUGGACUCUGGAAUCAACGGUAAAGUCAUUUGCACAAUCAACGAAGAUGUCCCUUUUACUUUAUCUCCAUCGUUACAAGAAAAUAUGUACGCUGUUGUAACUAGGUCAGAGUUGGACAGAGAAAUUAUUUCUCAGUAUGAUGUCACAAUUGUUGCGAAAGACGCAGGUGACCCUUUAUUUAUAAGUGAAAAGACUAUAAAAGUCGUUAUAUCAGAUGUAAAUGACAACAGUCCGGAAUUUUCAUCAAGUCCUUAUACAUUUUAUAUCACUGAGAACAACAAACCCGGAGCCUCGGUAUUUUCAGUAAAAGCCUCUGAUCGUGAUGAAAGUGAUAAUGCUCUCAUUUCAUACCAUAUUUUAAGAGAUGGACGCGGGAAUAAACUGUCUUCUUUUUUAAACAUAAACUCUGAAAAUGGAGACAUUUUAGCGCUAAAAAGUUUUGACUUUGAAACAUUAAAAACUUUCCACUUCCACGUUGUUGCGUCAGAUUCUGGAACUCCGUCACUAAGCAGCAACGUCACAGUGAACGUGUUCAUUCUCGAUCAGAACGACAACGCUCCAGUCAUCCUGUAUCCAGUCAGCUCUAACGGUUCUGCUGAAGGUGUGGAAGAGAUUCCCCGCAAUGUGAACGCAGGACACUUGGUGACUAAAGUCAGAGCCUAUGACGCUGAUAUAGGAUAUAACGGCUGGUUACUGUUUUCACUGCAGGAAGUUACUGACCACAGUCUCUUUGGUUUGGACCGCUAUACAGGACAGAUCAGAACACUUCGCUCAUUCACAGAGACAGACGAGGCUGAGCAUAAACCGGUCAUACUGGUCAAAGACAAUGGCAACGUUUCACUCUCAGCAACAGCUACUGUGAUUGUCAAACUUGUGGAGCCCAAAGAGGCUUUUGCAGCUUCUGAUGUGAAAAGUUCAGCAAAAGCAGAUGAGGAAAGUAAUGUGACUUUUUACCUGAUGAUAACUUUGGGCUCAGUUUCAGCACUUUUUCUCGUCAGUAUCAUUGUGCUGAUUGCAAUGCAGUGCUCAAAAUCCACAGACUAUACUUCUAAAUAUCUACAAGAGACUAAUUAUGACGGGACACUGUGUCACAGCAUCCAGUACAGAUCUGGAGACAAACGCUACAUGUUAGUUGGACCCAGAAUGAGUAUAGGAUCUACUAUAGUCCCGGGCAGCCAUGCGAAUACACUCGUGCUCCCUGACAGGAGGAGAACAUCUGAAGAGUCUUUCUUCUGA